AUGAUCGACUGGGUUACCUAUGGCGAUCCAAGCGACAUUUUGACAGCUGCCUACGCUGCGCACGCAGUGGUGCUGCAAAUCAGGACAGAAUCUGUAGCCUUGCCCUCGCGUUAUGAGAUCAUGGCAUUUGCGCUGGUGCUCCCGGGACGUUUACAGGCUGGGGAGGAUGCUAACGAAACUGUUUACAAUGAUUUGUUUUCGCAGCACUGCCCCUCUACACCCCAAGACAACUCGCUGCUUACACUGAGAACUCUCGGGGACUACUGGGGACUAGGCGCUAAUGGAUACACAGAACUUGCGAAAUGCUCAGCAGGCCAAGUUGCCAAAGAAAAUUUUAAGUGCUUUGACUAG